ACUCUUUGGGUAAAACUCACUAGGUUAACAUGUGAUUAGUGUUGUUUUUGCAUCUUUUAACAAUUAUUAUUAUUAGUUAUCAACCUGCCUAUUUCCCCGGUGAAAUGAUCAAGAAUAGUUUACGUUUGAUGGCUCAAUUGCGGACAAUCAAGACACCUCCAAUGGCAUUCAAUUCUACUUACGCUCUGAUGUAUAAAAAUUACGGUGAUCCAUUGGAAGUUGUUGAAAAAGUUGAUGUAACCAGUUCUGUUUCGUUAGACAAACCUUUAGAACCUAAUCAGGUAUUGAUUCAAUAUAUUGCUUCAACAAUAAAUCCAUCUGAUAUUAAUACUAUCCAAGGAACCUAUGCAAUCAAACCCAGUUUACCAGCUGUUGGGGGUAAUGAAGGUGUUGCCAAAGUCCUUAAGACAGGAUCACAAGUAACUAAUUUAAAGCCUGAAGAUUGGGUUAUACCUGCUAGACCUGGUUCAGGUACAUGGCGAACUCAUGCAAUAACAUCUGAAGGUGAUCUGAUGUUGAUAGACAAUGAAUUAGACUUGCCUGCUGCAGUUCAGUUGAAUGUUAAUCCACCUACUGCUUACAGGAUGCUCAAAGACUAUGGCAAUUUAAAACCCGGUGAUUGUGUUAUUCAAAAUGGUAGUAAUUCAGCUGUUGGUCUUCUAGUCAUUCAAUUAUGUAAAAUUUGGGGUUAUAAAACUAUUAAUGUUGUUCGGGCUCGACCAGAUCCUAAAGAGACGGAAAAACUGUUCAACUCAUUAAAAGAUUUAGGAGCCGAUCAUGUUGUAACUGAAGAUGAUUUAAGAAACCGCGAGGUGAUGGAUAAAAUUUGGUCAAGUGGAACUCCUAAACCAAUCCUUGCUCUUAAUUGCAUCAGCGGGGAAAAUGCUACCAACUGUUUCCGUUAUUUGGGUGACAAUGGAGUAAUGGUGACUUAUGGUGCAAUGUCCAAAAAACCACUAACCCUUCCAGCAGGUCCAUUUAUUUUUAAACAUCUUAUAAGUACUGGAUUUUGGGUUACAAAGUGGAAGAAAGAACAUGCUGGUAAACCUGAAUAUACAGAAAUGACACAAAAUUUAGUCAAUCUUUUCAAAGAAGGAAAAUUACAAGCACCGAAGGUGAUACCUUUCAAGUUUGAAGAUUACAAAGAAGCUAUACGGAAAGCUACUGCACCUUACGUCGAAGGAAAAGUCAUUCUUACACCUUGAAAUGUGAUAAAAUAGAGGUUUCUGAAAAUUUAUGUUUUUAUGUUCUAUACCAAUAAUAUUAGAUGUUAAUUAAUAAAUUUUUAACUAGGAAA